AUGCUGGUUUUGCCCCAGGAGGUAUGGAUCGACAUAACACGCUACUUGGGACCGCAGGACCUGUUCCAACUACGGCUAUGUUGUAAAAGGCUUAAUCAAAUUGUAAGUUCGCGUGCGAUAUGGAAACCUAGAUGCUAUGAGAAGUGGCUUGAGCAUCAAUUACAUGAUGUUCUUAAUACACACCGGGACGAGCAUCGUGAUUGGUUUUAUUACUAUAGGUUCAGAAACAGGAUUGACAGGCAUGUGCUGAAUCUCUUAAUUAAGAUCACUCAAGUAACAGAUACCGAUGAGUAUACGAAGUUGUUUGAAAACGUUCUUCGUUACAAUCCAUCGCAUCUCAUCCCAUUAUUUCAUAAGAUAACGAGUAAAGCAACCGAAGGAGAAACCGAAGGAGCAACGUUAGAGCUCGUUACGUUGUGUCAGCGACUGUUAAACACUUUGAGACAUAAACAUGUUUACGAUCUGCUAAGAAUUGAGGAAAAAUCCACACCUACGUUUGUUCAUAACGCUGAAGAAACAUUUUUUUUGCCAUUGGCUGCAAUGGAUCCCUCAUUUGAUAGAUUAUUACAUUUCAGACAGGACAUGUUUGCACAAAUUCAUGCAUUGAUUAAGCAGGAAUUCGAAGAUUUAGAUGACUUCUUCAGGCUUCCUGCUACUUUAAAAGUCGAUAAGCUUAUUUGCUUUCUCACAGAAGUCCUCAAUAUCUUCAAAACCGAUAGACAUUUCUUCCUAGAAGAUUUUAUGUUACUGAGGAUAUAUGCAGGGGAGACUACAGGGCAUCCGUUAGUCAUACUUUCCAUUAUUCAGUCACUGGCCUCACAAUAUGCUGUUGAGACGAUCUUGUGCGGUUCGUACCUCAUAAUUUCUGAUUCCAGGCUGCGAGAUGGAGAGAGCUACCUAACACUUUCUUCUACUGGUGUACCCAAAAUCUUCACCAGGAAAAGAUUAGUCCAAUCUUUGAAACGGAUUGUAGGCUCCAGUGAUUACAUUAUUCAAAGAGAAAUAAUGCCCACCAUUUUACAACCAUUGAAAUAUCAAACAUUGUUAGCGACUAUUUUUAAAGAACUGUUGCCGUUGUAUAGCAGAUCGAAAUGGUCUGCCUCACCAAUGAAGACAAUGGAAAAGGCUCGAGGUAUGUUCCCUUAUAGCAACCAGCCGAUGAACUCAGAGACCGUACGUUAUUUUCUGUGUGUUUAUAAGGCAGUAGAAAUGAGACUAAGGUUGGAAUCACAAGUUUCAGUUCUGUUUACAAUUGCGCACAAGCAGGUUUUCGCUCUCGUUUCCAGAUUAUUUCCUGAGGACUCAACGUACCUAAAUAAACUGCUAAAAUGCGAUGGAAAAGACUUUGGUGAGAUACGUUAUAACUACGAAGAUUGGAUUCUGCACCUUCAUAACAUACCACUUGAAAAGUCAGAUGCUUUGGGUCUCUUUGUUAUGUCGCCCAGGGAUAGACAACUGAUGUGCGUCGUUGGAACGAAGAAAAUUGGUAACGAUGAGACGUAUUAUACUUUAAUGAACUUUAUUGGGGAAUUUUAUGUUGAGCUCCGUCAGAACUUGGAGGUGUUUGACGUCGAGAACAACGAACAUUGUAUCGAAAACUUCCUUUCCUUAGCUGCACAAUCAGACUUGGGACUAGUAUUCACCAACUUUGACUGGCAGCAGAAGAAGUUGAUCACCAACGCUAAAGUUCUUCACAUUCUAGCUACACAAGAUUAA